AUGCUCCUGCGGUACACAGACAACGUGUUCUCAGAGCACUACAUCUCGACCAUCGGCGUCGACUUUAAGUUCUCCAACAUGGAGGCCCGUGGCAAGAAGGUCAAGCUGCAGAUUUGGGACACGGCCGGGCAGGAGCGGUUCCGUUCGAUCACGCGGACAUUCUACCGCGGUGCCCACGGCGUCGUCCUUGUCUUUGACAUCACCAACCGCGAGUCGUUUGAGGCCAUCGAGAGCGUGUGGCUCAAGGAGGUCCAGGCGUAUGCUGAUCCGUACGCCACGCUGGUGCUUGUCGGCAACAAGGCCGACAUGGAGGACGCGCGCGUGGUCGACGCCGCCGAGGCUUCGGCGUACGCCACGUCGCGUGGCAUGACAUACCUGGAGGCCUCGGCGCGCAACGACAUCGGCAUUGACGAGACCUUUACGUCGCUUGUUGAUGGCCUUGUCGACAACCUGGCCAUUCUUGGCGGCACAACCAAAAAGCCGCCCAUCCGCCCCAAGGCCGAGACCGACGGCGAUGCCGGCGGCCGUGGGCUCAAGUGCAUGUGCUGA